AUCCUUCAAAACUGAAUCAUAACCUGGAAAUGGUAAAUAUACAAAUAUUAUGAAAUGUUAACAAAGCGAACACAAUGAUUGAGAACGUUACGGCUAUUGCUGGAAUCGAAAGUAUUUUAAGAAAAAUCGAUGAUGUUGACCUGUUCUCCCUUGCAGCGACUGUAACACAAGGAUUCCUGAAGGAUACUCUGCAGAACCGCAAAGAUGCUAUUGAAGCAAUUAUUAAGUAUUCCCAGAGCGCACAGAGUUUCCUGAGGAGGAAGAUGAUAACUAGGGAGUUACUGUUCAAAUAUGCACAUGAAGUCAACAUGAAUGUGACUAUGCCGAUCACUAAAGAUAAACUAAUUGGUAUGAUAUUAAUCUACUGGGAGGAUCAAUAUGAUGACUGUAGGAUUCCAAUGAACGAGGAGAAUAGGCAAAGUAAUCACAUUAAAGUUGUACAAGAGCAGGAACCUGGCAAUCAGCAGAUGCAGGUGUUGACGGAUGAAACAGAUUUGAUGGCAGAGAAGUUCAGCGAAUGGUUUUAUGGGAUGAUGAAUGGGAAUAGUUGUAUAGGAACAGAGCAUUUCUUUGAAGACGCUAAUUUAAAGAUUCAUUUAAUAAACGGUAAUCAAAUACAAACGGACGAAGUUGCGGCGAACGUCGAAGAGAUUGUACGGUUGCUGUACAAAACCAAAUCGGAUUACAGGUUGUACUUUAAUCCGAACAUCAAUAGAGACGGUACCAGGGGAAGAUCAGAACCGCACGGACUUGUUUUAAUAAUGUGCUGCGGUACGUUGCACAUCGAUAACAUCGUGACCGGUGUAUUUGAACAGACGUUCGCGCUCGCCAGGGAUCCGUUCAGCGACAACAAUUGGAAAAUCAAGAAUACCGAACUGAAGCUAACGAGUAAAAGCAAUGUGAACGCGAUGCCGACACUUAACGAUACAGAAAUGUCAAGUAAAUUGCGAAUAAAUAAUUAAUGUAUA